AUGUCCUCCGGAAAAGUGAUCGUCUACGGUGGAAAGGGAGCUCUCGGCUCGGCGAUUUUGGAGUUUUUCAAGAAAAAUGGAUAUACCGUCCUAAACAUCGACCUGAGUGCCAAUGACCAUGCCGACAGCAAUAUUCUAGUGGACGCCUCCAAAAAUUGGGUCGAACAAGAGCAAUCGAUAUUGGAACAAGCAGCUUCCUCUCUCCAAGGCGCCCAAGUCGACGGUGUAUUCUGUGUUGCCGGUGGAUGGGCUGGAGGCUCCGCCUCCUCGAAGGACUUUGUCAAAAAUGCGGAUUUAAUGAUUAAACAAUCGGUCUGGAGCUCGGCGAUCGCCGCGAAACUCGCCACCACCCAUCUGAAACCAGGUGGUCUCCUCCAACUGACUGGAGCCGCCGCCGCUACCGGCCCCACACCGUCAAUGAUCGGUUACGGUAUGGCCAAAGCGGCCGUCCAUCAUUUGACCGCCUCUUUGGCUGAAAAAGAUUCGGGACUACCGGAAAACUCAUCGGUUUUAACCAUUCUUCCCGUCACUUUGGAUACCGAAAUGAAUCGGAAGUGGAUGCCAAAGGCGGAUCAUUCGAGCUGGACGCCACUCUCGUUCAUCUCUGAGAAUCUUCUCAAAUGGACGACCGAAUCGUCGUCCCGCCCAUCUUCUGGAGCACUUUUGAAGAUUGUCACAGCGAAUGGAGAGUCUACAAUCACUCCACAGUAA